UCUAAAAAGUUUAAUUUCUCUUUUCUUUUUUAGCUUUAAAAAUGUCUGACAGAAUCUCCAUUGGAAAUGUUGAGGACAGAAAGCUCAAACGCAAGAUGGAGAUAGAGUCGGAGCCAAGUUCAACACCAACAUCUGAAUCCAAGGGUGUGGAUUUAGAAGAUUUACUAACUUUGAGACUUGGUGGAAUUCACGACAAGCCUAUUUCCAAAUUCAUGAAGAAUUCGGGAGAUUCGAGUUCAUCGACUCAGAAAGUUUCUGGUGAACCUUUAUUUUCAAGUUCAUCAACUCAAAAAGCUUCUGGUGAACCUUUGUUUGAGUCAGAAGUGAAGGAAUUUCCUUGUCACUAUUGUAACAAAAAAUUCCCCACUUCUCAAGCUCUUGGGGGACACCAAAAUGCUCACAAACGUGAGCGCGUGUUCACAAAAUUGGAACGAAAAAGGAGAGAGGAUGAGAUUGAUGCAGCCCUAAGGUAUAGAUCUAAUGUAUACACUUACCCAUUUCCAAGUCCUAUUCCCUAUCAUCAAGGGUUACCUUAUUACCGUAGCCAUAUCAACAAUCCCAUGCCUUCUUGGCCUAUUGGUUCUCCUAGUGGCGGUUAUGGAGGAGUGUAUAUGUCCAAUACACCCCCUACAACACCACAAUUUGGGAUGCAAAUGUCAAAUCCAUCCCUUGGAACAUCACAAUUUGGGACAAAUAAUUAUUGGAGUGGAGGUCAUGGUGCUACUUUACCAAUUCAACAAAGGUCAAACCCUUUGGAUAUAGGACAUUAUACUCGAUCUAUUAAUCAAACAUCUCCUUCGGUUGUUGAGGGUGUACACAGAAAUUUUAAUGGUAAUUUUCGUUCUCAAACUCUUUCUUUAUUAUCUCGUGCUACUAUUAGUGAAGGUCUUGUUCAAACAAAUUCCAAUGUGUCUUCGUCAAAGCAAUCAACCUCGGAUCAACUCGACUUGAAACUUAGUCUUUAAGAUUUUUAGUUUUAGUUAAUCAUUUGUUACAUUUUGUGACAUGAUCAUGUUUUCAAGGUCUAUAGUUGAAUUUCCUUUUUAUUGUUUUGGUUUUCUAUGUUUAUU